UCCAAUUGGAUGUUUUGAAGAUCUACCAAUUGCCAUAAGUAUCGUUCGCUAAAGAAAAAACGAAGAAAGCCGCGAUUCUGGCGAGGAUUUGGCAAUGAGCAGCGGCACCGCCGGCUGCAAGCGUGCGCACAGCAUCGAGGUCGAGCAGCCGCUGGAGGCGGAGUGCGUGGAGCACGGCCUGCUGCUGGUCAAGGGACGCCUCUCGCCCAAGUGCUCCACGGCGCGCCAGCUGAAGGCGAUUCUCGAUCUCCCGGAGCGCCAGUCGCGCGAGCAGCUCACCCAGCUCUCAGCCGGCGGCGAGUUCAAGCUGCUCUUCGAUUUGGAGGGAGGUGAAUUCUCCUACCAAAGCGAGGAGCAGGUUACCGCAUCCUCCUGCCUCCUGGAGCUGCGUUCCUGCACGGCCGCCCGCAGGAUUCGCUUCCGCUACCGGCGGCGCCGCAGCUCCUACCGCGUGCAGCCGCUCUACCUGCUCUGCCGCGACGAGGAGAAGCCAGCGGAGCAGCAGCGCGAGCUGCUCGCCCUCAUCGAUCUCAAUCUCCGCCUGGUGCAGUCCAUCUAUGCGCACAAACUCCAGGCGGCGGGCUUCCCGAAUCGCACUUUUACCCUGAAUGGCGAGUGCUGCACCUUUCGCAGCCAGUUGACCCGGGAGGAGGCUCUCGCGAAAAGCGAAGACGAGUUGUGGCAGCAUUUUGCGGGGGAAAUCAUCUCCUGCCCGCUGUGGGGCCACCAGUUGCUCCUGAAGUUCGUGGCCUUCAUAGGUUGCACGCGCUACGACGGCGACGCUGUGGCGGCCAGCGGUGACUCCUCCUACGCGAACAUCCGGCGGCAUCUCAAGGGACACGCGGCGCUCGGCGGCGGCGGAUUGGCGCUCUUUGGAAGCGCCCACUUUUACGCUUGGCCGAGGAAGCUGGCGGAGAUCGGGGAUUGUGUGGGGAGCAGCGAGAGGGUGGACAUCGCCCGGCUGCCGGACGAGAGCAACUACCGGAGGACCUACGGCGGCGUCUUUGCCAGCACCUUGGGCGCCGUGUGCCACGAACUGGGCCACUGCUUCGAUUUGGGACACACCGGCGAUGGGGUGAUGGGCCAGGGCUUCGACUAUUUGAAUCGCGUUCUCACCGUGGAUCAGCCCACGGAGCAUCUGCCGCAGCGGAUUAUAGAGGCCUCUACCUCCUCCUCCUCCUCUUCAGCGGUUAAUCCUCCGCGCUUCACCAAACUGAAACUCCAGGGGAGCAACAGCCAGCUGCUGGACAAUUACCACAACCAAAGACGCCACGAUAGCUUCUAUUUCGCCCGCAAUUGCGCCGUCAUCCUGGCCCACCAUCGUUGGCUCAAUCUUGGACUGGAGGAGACCGCCAGUGGCAGCUUUGAGGCCGCAGAAAUCCAACUGAAACGGGACACCAAAGAGAUCCUUUCGAGCCGCCCCCUUCGGCUGGUCGAGCUGCGCUGCAAUCGCAACAGCCUGGUGGCCCACUACGAGGAGUUCGAGGAGGAGGAAGUGCAUCGCUUCCAGCUGCCCGCCUCCCUGUGGCAUCUGCUCGCCGAGCAGCGCACCCACUACGUCUUCGUCCUGACCACCAGUGGCGACACCAAGCGGCUGUCCUGCGACUCCUAGGACUGC